AUGGCAGUAGGUAUGCCAUUAUGUGGUGAUAUUACUAACAUUCUGGUUAUUGUAGAAUCAGGGUCUUCAAGUCACAUGGUGAAUGAUUCUAGCUUGUUGAUUAAUGCUAAAACUGUAGGUGAUAAAGGUGGAAAAUUUCACUUACCUACUGGUAGUGUAGCUCAUGUUAGUCACAUAGGGUCUGCUUCUAUUCUUAAGGACCUAAUAGUGUCUAAUGUGAUGCAUAUUCCUGACUUCAAGUAUAAUCUUUUAUAUGUGUCCAAGCUCACAAAGGAAAUGAGAUGGGUUGUUGUGUUCUUCCCUGAUUUCUUCAUUUUCCAGGAGCUCUUCAGUGGACAGGUGAGGGUGAUUUGUAGAGAGGAAGAUGGACUGUAUACAUGGAUCUUCCUUUUACCUACUAAAGUUGAGGCUGUUGUUGCUCUUAGAUCUUUCUUUGCUAUGAUUAAGAAUGCCCAUUCAAACUCUGUUAAGUUUUUUAGAUCUGAUAAUGGGUGUGAGUUCUUCAACUCCCAUAUGUCUGAAUUGUUACAAUCUCUGGGAAUUAUACAUCAGAGCUUAUGCAUCCACACUCCACAACAAAAUGGAGUUGCUGAAAUAAGACACAUGUAUAUUUUGGAGGUUGCUAGAGCACUCGGAUUUCAGGCUUCAGUACCAUUAAGGUUCUGGGGAGAAUGUGUCAAUACUGUUGUAUACAUCAUCAACAGACUCCCUUCAACUGUCCUUCAAAAAAAACCUUCUUUUGAGAUCAUGUUUGGUCAUUCACCUUCUUUGCAGCACAUGAGAGUCUUUGGAUGCUUGGGAUAUGUGGCUACAGUUAGAAGACCUGAUAAGUUUGAUCCCAAAGCAUAUCCUGCAGUCUUCUUGCAUAUGAGUUCUACCAGCUCAACCUUAUUUCCUGUUCUAGACCUCACUACUGUUUCAUCAAUUGCUCCUACAUAUGCUUCUUGGUCUGUACCUGCUCAGUCCAUACCUUCUUCCUCUCUUGUCUCUCCUGGCUCUUCUGAUUCAGCUGGACCUUCUAUUCCUCUUUCACCUAGUGGUGGUCUUGCUGAUCAUGUCACAAUCAACGAUGCCCCUAUCAUAACUCCUAGUGCUGAGUCACAAGAUGACACCAAAAAGUCUAUUAGGGUGAGCAGACCUCCUAUAUGGAUGAAAGACUACAUUGUUACUAGCAAAGGAAGUGCACACUGUUGUUAUCCUAUAUCAGUGUCACGACCCAAACCGUAG